AUUCACUGCGACGGAUUCUUUGCCGCUGUUUAUAGUUCCUCCUCCUCACACAACAACAAAUACAGCCUUCACCUACCACCUUAUAUACCCAUUCCUCCUCUUCACUUUCUCCAUCUCUCUCACCAUUUCUCCACUCCACAACCAAACAAACCCUUAACCCGUUUCGUUUCGUUUCGUUCGUUGCUAGAAUCUUCAUUCCAUGGCUUCUAUAACAAGAAGACAUUGUUUCUUGGAAGACGAUGAAGAACCUGGCUAUUCCGGCCACAACCACUCGCAACCGCAAUACCAAAACGGUUUUGUCUCAAGAACUUUGGGCUACGCCACUUUCUACAACAGAGGUCACAGGAACGUGAACGCAUCGAUGGUUUCUGAUUCUAGAUCUGGAAGGUUUUACGAUGCCAGAUUCGAAGGUCAUCAACCGCACUUUCUCGAAGCUUGUCAUCUCUGCAAUAAGCCUCUUGGAAACAAAGACAUCUACAUGUACAGAGGGGACACGCCAUUUUGCAGCGAAGAGUGCAGGCUAGAGCAAAUAGAGAUGGAUGAAGCGAAGGAGAAGAAUAGGAACCUAUCUUCUUCGAUGAAGGCUAUGAGGAAAAAGGAACAGAGUAAAUCUGGUUCUCCAAACAAGGCUCAGGAUUACUCUUAUCGUACAGGGACUGUUGUUGCUGCUUAGUUGUUGAAUGCAAGAACGCUUGUUUAAGUGAAGAGUGGAAUUAAUUGUCUGUCUUCUACGGUGUUCUGGAAAAAAAAGUAAAGAAAAAGAAAAAAAAAAGGGUUCUAAAAAAAGCAAAGAAAAAAGAGUGUAGAAACGAAAGUAGAAGUGAAGUUUCAAAAACUUUAACUCCUUUCUAAGGAGAAGGGUCAGUUUGAGGAAAGAUCCCCGUAAAAGUGUCUCUUUUGUUCAGGAAGCUGUAUAUGGUAAUACGGGUGCGUAUUCAUAAGCAUUCUCUGCUCGGGGGAUCAUUUUCUGCCGAAUGACUCAUUUUUUCUGUUUUUUUUUUCCCACUAGAAAAAAUUAAUGAAAAAUGUAUAUACCAAGUUUUGGUC